AUGGCAAAACUCCUUAUAGUAACAAAAGCGACGAUUUUCACGCUUUCUUGUUUCCUUGUUUCAGCUCUGGGCAUUCUGUGUGUUCUACACAUGUGUUCAGCCAAUAAGCUGGUGUGCCAUAUGACCAACUGGGCCCAGUACAGACCAAGUGCUGGCAAAUUCACACCAGAUAACAUCGAUCCCUUCCUGUGCACCCAUGUCAUCUAUGCUCUGGCCACCAUUAACAGCUACAACCAGAUCACCCCCAUUGAGCACAAUGAUGAGGAGCUGUACAGGAGCCUUAACAGCCUGAAGAAUGUCAACCCUGCACUGAAGACUCUGCUGACUGUUGGAGGAACUGUUAAUGGAGUGAGCCCAUUCAUUGCUAUGGUUUCCACUUCUGAGAAUCGUGCACUCUUUAUCAAGUCUGCCAUCACUUUCCUGCGUGCCCAUAACUUCGACGGGAUAAACCUGGACUGGGAAUAUCCUGGACACAAUGGUAGCCCAGACAAGGACAAGGAGAGGUUCACUCUAUUGGUCACGGAGCUUGUAAAAGCAUUCGAGGCUGAUGCCAUAGAAAACAAGAGAACUCAGCUGCUGCUAUCGGCCAAUGUUGCUGCAAUUCUUCAGACCGUUGAUAGAGCAUAUGAGGUCGCCAAGAUUGCACCACACUUUGACUUUAUCAACAUCAUGACCUAUGACUACCAUGGUCACUGGGACCCACUAACUGGACACAACAGCCCACUGUAUGAGAGCGCUGUGGACUCUGGCAUACAACUUCAUUACAACAUAAACUCCUCUAUAGCCCACUGGGUAUCUCUGGGAGCACCAUCUGAAAAGCUGCUGCUAGGUUUCCCUACUUAUGGAAGGACCUUCCGUCUUAGCACUGGGGCAAAUGGCCUGGGAGCACCAGCCAAUGGGCCCGCACAUGCUGGACCCUACACUCGCACUGAAGGUUUCUGGUCCUUCUAUGAGAUCUGUGACUUCACUAAUACUGCUACUCUUGGAUGGAUCUCUGAGCAAGAGGUUCCAUAUGCCACCUAUGGGAGUUCCUGGUUGGGCUAUGAUGACCAGCGCAGCUAUUCUUCCAAGGUCCAGUGGCUGACUGCCCACAAUUUGGGAGGUGCUCAUGUGUGGACUUUGGAUAUGGAUGACUUCGGUGGAUCUUUCUGCUCAGCUGGAGCUUAUCCUCUCAUCAACCACCUCAGGAUUUCAAUGGGCUUUGGUCCAAAACCUACCACCACUCCACGCCCUACCACCACUAGGGACCCAAGUGCUGACUUCUGCCGUGGCCGUCCUGAUGGGUUGUAUGAAAACCCAGCUGACAAAACCACCUACUUCCAGUGCUUCCAGGGAAACACCUACCUGCACCAUUGCCAGCCUGGUCUCAUCUACUGGGACUCCUGCAAGUGCUGCAACUGGCCCUGA